CUGAAGUGUUUCUGGUUACCUUAUCUAAAAGGAUCUCUAUCGUGCUUUAACAAGGCACUUGACCUCCCUCGGCGCUCCUCUUACUCCCUGAGUGACGCAAAAAAGUGGGCCGGCGGAGCGCUAAGUGCAGGAGUUUAGAGGACUAUUGGUGCGCACUGAAACAUCACUAGUGAAGCAGACUGCAUUUCCAGCCUGGCUCUGGCUCCGUCUGUCGGAUGGUACACCGAUGCAAAUAUCUUGGCGGAGACACGAGGAUACGUACGGAUGUGUGUGAGAAAAGCAGCGCUGACAUUUCCUCCAACUUGUACCAGCCUCGUCCAUUCAGUGAAGUUUGGAAGCUCUGGUGAAACUUCUCUUGAAUGAGUCUCCUGCCGCUUUUUGGCGCAUCUGGACUUCGGGACUCGUCGGAUCUGUCAACUUUAAACCGGACCUGAGCUGAGCCUGCUUUUUUUUUCUGAGCCGGAAUAUUAUUGGACUGAGUUUGAACCCAACUCCUGCCUCCACUUCAUCCAUUUUUAUCUUUCUUUUUUUUUUUUUUAGUUUAUUUACUUUUUUUUUCUUGCAAUUCCAAUGCGCAAAAUGGAACAGUCAUUCCUCAAAGUCACAUGCGUCUUGGUGGUUAUCUGUGUCUUGGAUAAAAGGGUAGACUCCAAUGAAAUCUUGGGCUUGAAACUUCCCAACAUCGACCCCAUCCUCAACGCCAACACCGUGUGUCUGACGUUGCCGGGGUUGACUCGACGCCAGCUGGAGGUGUGCAUGCGGAACCCGGACGUGACGGCUUCAGCCAUCCAGGGAAUCCAGAUCGCCAUCCACGAGUGUCAGCACCAGUUCCGGGGGCACCGAUGGAACUGCUCCAGCUUGGAAACCAGAAACAAAAUCCCCUACGACAGCAUAGUCUUUAAAAGAGGUUUUAAAGAGAGUGCUUUUGCGUACGCCAUCGCCGCUGCAGGCGUGGUGCACGCGGUGGCAAAUGCGUGCUCCAUGGGGAAGCUGAAGGCGUGCGGCUGUGACGAGAAGCGACGUGGAGACGAGGAGGCCUUCCGCAUCAAACUGCACCGUCUGCAGCUGGAGGCCAUCCACCGGGGGAAGGGCAUGGUGCACGGCGUCAUGGAGCACUUCCCCGCCGACCUGCCCGGACCUCAGGACUCCUGGGAGUGGGGUGGCUGCAGCCCCGACGUCGAAUUUGGAGAGAAGUUCUCACGGGACUUCCUGGACGCCCGUGAGACCUACAAGGACAUCCAUGCACGGAUGAGGCUGCAUAAUAACAGAGUGGGGAGGCAGGUGGUGCUCGACCACAUGAGGAGGAAAUGCAAAUGCCACGGGACGUCGGGAAGCUGUCAGCUGAAAACCUGCUGGCAGGUGACGCCUGAGUUCCGGGUGGUGGGCUCCAUCCUCAAAGAGCGCUUCAACAUCGCCACGCUCAUCAAAGCCCACAACCGGAACACGGGACAGCUGGACCACUCCCACCACAACAACAACAACAACCACCACAACCACCACAACCAUCACAACCACCACCAUCACCACCAUCACCACCACCACCACCACCACCAGAACAACCACCACAACCACCACAACACUAACCGGCGGCGGCCCAGCGUCAACGAACUGGUGUUCUUUGAAAAGUCUCCGGAUUUCUGCGAGCGGGAUCUAGGCUCAGAUUCGGCGGGAACCCAGGGCCGGAUCUGCAACAAGACCAGCCCCGGCAUGGACAACUGCGAGAGUCUGUGCUGUGGGCGGGGCCACAACAUCCUCCAGCAGACGCGGAGCGAACGCUGCAACUGCAAGUUCCACUGGUGCUGCUACGUGGUCUGCGAGGAGUGUCGGAUAACGGAGUGGGUCAGCGUCUGUAAAUGAAGAAAAACGCGCGUCGACGUACUGAACACGACACC